CGCCGAGGCACAAAAUCCCAUCCAUCCAGGAAGCAUGAGGUCCUGCAGUCUGUGCAUCCUACUGAGCUUGGCAGUUGCAGUUUACUGCGUGCCAGUCUCACAAGUUACUGUGCAAGAUGAGGGUUUUGCAGAGAGCUACCUGAAGAAUUUCUUCAACCUAACAGAAGAGACUGGCCCGAGCUCGCGGCGCGGGAUCAGCCAGGUGAGCAGGAAGCUGAGCGAGAUGCAGAGAUUCUUCGGUCUCCAGAUCACCGGGACGCUGGAUGCUGACACCUUGGCGAUGAUGAAGAAGCCGCGCUGUGGCAUUCCAGAUGACAACAUUGCCCGUUUCUCCACGUAUGGAAAUAACCUCAAGUGGCGUAAAAACAGCCUCACCUACAGGAUAGAGAACUACACACCUGACAUGUCUGUGUCAGAGAUAGAUGACUCCAUAGACAAAGCGCUGCAGGUCUGGGCCAAAGUCACUCCUCUGAGAUUCACAAGGAUCUACGGUGGCACUGCUGACAUCAUGAUCUCCUUUGGCCGCCGAUCACAUGGUGAUUAUUACCCCUUUGAUGGCCCUGACGGCACUCUCGCCCAUGCCUUCGCCCCCGCCCCUGGCAUCGGAGGAGAUGCUCAUUUUGACGAUGACGAGACCUUCACUUUCCGCUCAAACAGAGGCUACGUCCUCUUCAUGGUGGCCGCCCAUGAGUUUGGCCACUCUCUUGGCUUGUCUCACUCUGAUGAUCCUGGUGCUCUCAUGUACCCUGUGUACACAUACAGAAACCCAGACACCUUUGUUCUGCCCCGGGAUGAUGUCAAAGGCAUCCAGUCUCUCUAUGGUCCAAACCCAGACAUUGAUCCUUUUAAACCUGGACCUGAGCCCCCCACCACCCCUGACGCCUGUGAUUCGACCAUGGUCUUGGACGCUGUCACCACCCUGCGAGGGGAAAUGCUCUUCUUCAAGGACAGCUUCUUCUGGCGUAGCCACCCCCAGAGCAAUACACCUCAGCAGAGUCUCAUCGCAAACUUCUGGCCCAGUGCCCCCAGCAAAGUCAACGCUGCUUAUGAAAGCCGCCAGUCAGACAGAAUCUUUCUCUUUAAAGGCCGCAGAGUGUGGGCCUUCACUGGCUAUGAGCCUGUACGUGGCUAUCCUCAAAAACUUACAACUCUUGGUCUGCCAAGAGGCGUGAAGAAAAUCGAUGCGGCGCUCUAUGACGUGGAAUCUGGCAAGACUCUGUUCUUUGUAGGAGACUAUUACUUCAGUUACGAUGAGGCCAAAAAGACCAUGGACCGGGGCUUCCCCAAGAGGUUGGAUGAGACCUUCUCCGGCCUGACCGGCAAGGUGACUGCAGCUUUCCAGUACAGAGGUUUCACGUACAUCUACAGUGGACCCUACAUGUUUGAGUACAACCUGAGGACCAAGAGGCUGUACCGCGUGCUGAGGAACGGCUACUUCCUGCGCUGCACUAACUUCUAGACCAGUUUACUACCUAAUUUGUUUAUGUAACCACUCUGAAUGUUAAUGAUUGUAUAGUAACAGUGUUAAAAUUGUACAUUUUAAAUAUUUCUGUUCCUCCAAAUAUUUCAGUACCAGUACCAUCAAAUGUAUUUGCAGCUAAAAACAUACAGUAUUCAAAGAAUAUAUUAAUAAAAUGGUAUUUAUAUUUGUCUUCUACAUGUUUGUCAUAUGCAUGUAUGUGUAUGGUGAUGCUGUGUGUGAGACUUUUCAGCCAUCCUGGAAACUGAAUAUUUAGAAAAAAGUUAAAUGUGGGGGCUUCUUCUGUCAGGAGCUUCCUGAUGAUGCCUCUCAUCUGUUACUUAUAUUAUUAUUACCAGUUCUGAGAUUUUUAAAUCAAUAAGUCACUCAGUCAAAUAUUAUAUCAACCUAUAAAGCAAUUCAUCAAUAUAAUUGGACAAUAA